AUGGUCAGCCAAGAACCCGAAAAGCACUAUCGAGGGACCAGCAUCGGCCUGUCCCUGAUAGCUACGCUGGAUGAGCUGACUGCCAUCUCGCCGCAGCUGGCAGAGAAGGUCAGGCAGCACUUCGACCGCGAGGUGCUCAUCGCUCUACGCAGCGCGCGCGUGAUGCGAAAGCGGAUGAACUUCAGGGCUCGCUGCGAUACAUAUGGGUUCUACGAUGACCGGUGGCGCUUCGUUCUCAAAGACGUCAAGAUCAAAACAGACAGCGGGAGGAGCAUUCGGUCGGACUGCGUCACCGUCGACGCGAUUUCGACCGGUCUUGAGAACGAGCGGCGUCUAGCCAAGGCGGGGCCGAGAUGGAGGAGAGAGACAAGUUGA